AUGGUCAUGUACGACUACGACGACCUGUGGCGGAACUCAACCGAUGGAUGGAAACUCAGCCAAGUCUACAAGAACACGACCAACAUGACAAAUAUAAACACCGUCAACCCUCUAUGGGCAGUGGACGGGUUCACACGCACUGGCAACAGAAAUAAUUAUGGUAAUGGCGCCAUCACAGAGCCCGAUCAAUAUUAUUUUUACAGCUCUUAUGGUGAUUCAUGGCAAGUCUCUUUCCGGCAAACCCCUAUGUGGGACAUGUCGGGUCUCAUCAACUUUCUCGACCCCACAACUGGCAUACUCGUCAUGGACCCUGAAGUAUACAAAUCCCAGUAUAGAGUUAUGGUGGCUGAUCAUUGCUGGUCUGAAAAGUACCAAGCGCCGUGUCGAUUGACUAUAGCGAACAGUCUUCUUCUUAUUGUCUGUAUCAUGUGUGCACUCAAAUGCACGCUUUGCUUCUUAGUUCUUAAGCUUCGCGUGUGGGGCGAUGAUAACCCUCUGAUGACACCAGGCGACGCUAUCGCUUCUUUCCUAGCAAGACCGUGUGAGGAGACAAGGGGCAUGUGCACAUUAAGCUUGGAAGAUCUCAAGAAACGACCCGCCAGCACGGAACUUGCACUUGGCGACACGACGCAGGGAUACAAGAUGCUGCAAGGUCCCCGGCAAUGGCAAAGAACAUCUGUACGCAAGUUCGGAAAAGCAGUGCCCCGAAAUAUCUGGAUUCUCUCAUCCCUCCUCAUUGGAAGCUCCCUCAUUGUGGCAGCAACAAUAUGGGCUGACAAGAUGAAAAGGAGCGAUGCACGCUUCGGCCACUCUCCCACUAACGAAGAAGUCCGCAACGCUACCCUGGAAGGCUUUGCUCUGCUACCACUUACCAUGGUUGCUAACUUGCCACAACUUAUCUUGUCGAUAUGUUAUCUGGCCUACAACGGCCUCUUCACACGCAUGCUGGCUGAGUUUGAGUGGUCAAAGUAUAGUGUUGGAUUCCGAUCCUUGCGUGUUACCGAGCCAAAGGGGAGUCAAAAUUCGACGUACCGUUUGCAAUUGCCAUAUAGGUUCUCUAUACCGCUGGUAAUCGUAAGCAUUGCGCUGCACUGGCUCUACUCUAAUUGUAUUUAUGUGAGCAACUACGAAGAUGCGGAAGAACUUGAAGAUGUGGCAAGGAAGAAGGUCAAAUGGGGAAGGCUGUCAACGGGGAAGAGCGAGGAUAGUCAAGUUGGCCACCUGGGAUUUGGGACGGAGGAUCAAGAUAUUGAUAGGCCGGUAGAAGGGGAGCAUUACAGCGGCCUUUGA